UCUCCCUCUCUCUCAGUCCUCAUCUGUGCCUCAGCACAGUAGCAUGUUGCCUUGUCGCAGCCGCAGCGCUGAGCAGAAAGCAGAGACUGUUGGCGCUCUCUCUCUUGCUCUCUCUCUCUGUGUCUGACUGAACAAACACAAGGAGCAAACAAGAAGGACAAGCACGAGGGAGAGAACUGAAGUGUCUUCUCUUCAGUGUCCAAAAAAAACAUCUUCUGGGAGAAGAAGAAAGAGCCAAGAGGAGGAGGAAGAGGAGGAAAAAUUGACACUGUCCUUGCUCAGAUUGACACGACAACCAGGAGGAGAAGCAGAGGAUGUGAAGGAGACUGGAGGAGCUGAGAAGUUGACUCACUUUCACUCAGCUAUCCAUCCAUCCCUCCCUCUCGGCUGAUCAAACUUUUUUUUAAGAAGGGAGGAAAAAGAGGAGGAGGAGGUGGACUUUUAAAGGUGGGGAGGAAGGGAAGAGAAGAGAAGGUAUCUCUCACUCUGGUCCCCCCCUUCUGUGUGCACUUGUUCUGGUUCAGUCAAAAAAAGAAAAAGCAGGGCCAUCCGUCCAGAGGCAGCAGCUACCCAUGUGGCAGGAAGCUCUGUGGACCCGCGGACGCUACCUGCUGGAGAAGAGUGAUGGAGGUGAGGGUGCAGAGGGGGCCGAGGGGCUCGGGGACGGGUGCCCGGGCUUCCAGAGCGAGGUGUGUGUGGAGGGCGAGAAGCCCCAGGACUGGCUGUACGAGUCCUACUACAGAAUGAGCCAGCAGCAUCCGCUGAUCGUAUUCCUGCUGCUGAUCGUCAUGGGAACCUGCAUCGCACUGCUAGCGGUUUUCUUCGCUUCAGGACUGAAAACAGAGGACCACUUGACGUUCCUGAUCACGGUGCCCGCUGCCCUCUUCCUCUUCCUGUCAAUCUUCAUCCUCGUCUGCAUCGAGUCUGUCUUUAAGCGGAUGCUCCGCCUCUUCUCGCUCCUUAUAUGGGCCUGCCUGGUCACCAUGGGUUACCUGUUCAUGUUUUCAGGAGGGAUACUCAGUCCAUGGGACCAGGUGUCGUUCUUCCUGUUCAUCGUGUUUGUCAUCUACACAAUGCUGCCUUUCUCCAUGAGAGGGGCCAUUAUCGCCAGCGCCAUCACCUGCUCCUCACACACUGUCACCCUCAGCAUCUGUCUGGCCAAGACCGUCCCAGACCUGGAGCCUUUAGCCUGGCAGAUCUUAGCGAACGUCAUCAUCUUCACCUGUGGUAAUCUGGCCGGAGCGUACCACAAGCAUCUUAUGGACCUGGCUCUCAAACAGACCUACCAGGACACCUGCAACUGCAUCAAGUCGCCCAUCAAACUAGAGUUUGAGAAGCACCAACAGGAGCGUCUGCUGUUAUCCUUACUGCCUGCUCAUAUAGCCAGAGUGAUGAAAGCCGAGAUCAUCCAGAGGCUCCAGGGGCCCAACUUUGGUCGAGCUGAGAGCACCAACAAUUUCCACAACCUCUACGUGCAGCGUCACACCAAUGUCAGCAUUCUGUAUGCGGACAUCGUCGGCUUCACCAGACUUGCCAGUGACUGCUCGCCAGGUGAACUCGUGCACAUGCUGAACGAACUGUUUGGCAAGUUUGACCAGAUUGCAAAGGAAAACGAGUGCAUGCGAAUCAAAAUCCUGGGAGAUUGUUACUACUGUGUGUCUGGUCUGCCAGAGUCUCUGCCUCACCACGCCAGGAACUGUGUGAAGAUGGGCCUGGAUAUGUGUGAGGCCAUCAAAAAGGUCAGAGAUGCCACUGGAGUCGACAUCAACAUGCGCGUCGGCGUCCAUUCGGGGAACGUCCUCUGUGGCGUGAUCGGCCUCCGGAAGUGGCAGUACGACGUGUGGUCACAUGACGUGACGUUGGCCAAUCAUAUGGAAGCGGGAGGAGUGCCAGGGAGGGUCCACAUUUCUUCUGUGACGUUGGAGCACCUGAAAGGCUCGUACAAGGUGGAGCCCGGGGACGGACAGAGCCGGGACUCCUACCUCAAAGAAAAUGGAGUGGUCACCUACCUGGUCAUUAACCCAAAGACCGAGAGGCACAGCCCGCUGCUGGGCGUGCGCUCUCGUCCGUCCCUGUACGGCGCAAAGAUGAGAGCGUCCGUCAGGAUGACCCGAUACCUGGAGUCCUGGGGAGCCGCCAAACCCUUUGCCAACCUCCACCAUCGAGACAGCAUGACCACGGACAAUGGCAAGAUCAACACCACGGACGUUCCAAUGGGCCAGUAUCACUUCCAGCGGCGAGAGAGGUCUAAAUCUCAGAGGAGGAGGUUCGAGGAGGAGCUGAAUGAGCGAAUGAUUCGCACCAUCGACGGCAUCAACUCACAGAAACAGUGGCUGAAGUCUGAGGAUAUCCAGAGGAUUUCAUUGUUCUUUCACAACAAAGCACUGGAGAAGGAGUACAGAUCCACAACAUUACCAGCCUUCAAGUACUAUGUCACCUGCGCCUGCCUCAUAUUCUGCUGUAUAUUCAUCGUCCAAGUCCUCGUCUUGCCCAAAACUGCUGUGCUGGGGAUCUCCUUUGGUCUCACAUUCCUGUUGCUGGCUUUGAUCCUGCUGCUUUGUUUUGCUGGUCACAUUCUGCAGGGAAGGAAGGGGUCCAGCUGCUCUCUCACAUGGUUCCCCACUUCCUCUCGCAUCAUUGUCACCAACAACCCGUGGCUGCGUUUGGUCCUCACCCUGACGACCACUGCUCUGAUACUGGUGAUGGCGGUCUUCAACAUGUUCUUCGUGGAGGAUCCUGGAGGAGCUGUGGAGGAAGCUCUGACAACUGUUCCACCCGAGGUCCGAAUCAUUACUCCACCCGUGAAUCUAAGUAAUGACAGCCUGCUGGAUUACCUGGAGGAAAACACGGGAGGAAACAAAUUUUACCUGCCAUACUUCAUCUACUGCUGUAUUCUUGGGCUGGUGUCGUGCUCCGUGUUCCUGAGGAUCAACUACGAGCUGAAGAUGGUGGUGAUGCUGGUUGCCGUGGUGAUCUACAACAUCAUCAUCCUUCAGACACAUGCCUCUCUGCUGGACGGAUUUAGCGAAGCGCUGUAUCCCACAAAUGAACUGGACAGACCAGGAAUCCUGAAGGAUCUAAAGACAAUGGGCUCUGUGUCUCUCUUCAUCUUCUUUAUCACCCUGCUGGUGUUGGCCCGGCAGAAUGAAUAUUACUGUAGGUUGGACUUCCUGUGGAGGGACAAGUUCAAGAGGGAGUGCGAGGAGAUCGAAACCAUGGAGAACCUCAACCGGGUGCUGCUGGAGAACGUGCUGCCCGCGCACGUCGCUGAACACUUCCUGGGACGCAACUGGAAAAACGAGGAUCUUUAUCAUCAGUCGUACGAGUCCGUGUGUGUGAUGUUCGCCUCCAUCCCAGACUUCAAAGAGUUCUACACAGAGUCUGAUGUCAAUAAGGAAGGAUUGGAGUGUCUCCGUCUUCUCAACGAGAUCAUAGCGGACUUUGAUGAGCUGCUGUCCAAGCCCAAGUUCAGCGGCGUGGAGAAGAUAAAAACCAUCGGGAGCACCUACAUGGCCGCGACUGGACUCAAUGUAACACCGGGACCAGAGUGCGCACAGGAACACGACAGACAGUACAUGCACAUCGGCACAAUGGUGGAGUUUGCCUUUGCUCUCGUUGGGAAGCUCGACGUCAUCAACAAACACUCCUUCAACGACUUCAGACUCAGAAUUGGGAUAAACCAUGGCCCAGUGAUUGCAGGCGUUAUCGGGGCACAGAAACCGCAGUAUGACAUCUGGGGAAACAGCGUAAACGUGGCCAGCAGGAUGGAGACGACUGGAGUCCUGGGCAAAAUACAGGUGACAGAGGAGACGAGUCAAAUCUUAACAAUGUUGGGUUACAUGUGUCCAUGUCGCGGCAUCAUCAACGUGAAGGGCAAAGGGGAGCUGAAGACCUUCUUUGUUCACACGGAAAUGACCCGGUCGCAGUCGCAGGGGACUGUGAUGCCUUGAGUGCUCUCGCUCCAAAACGAACAAACAGACAUGAGGAAAAACAAUCGCGGGGCAAAGUGGCCGUCGAAGUGAUUUGUCAAUGCUCUGUAACAAACAAGAAAACAAACAAUUACCAGCAGCCAGCAGCAGCCAGACUGGAAUAGACAGUCGUCGAGAACGAUGCGGAGCGGGGCCCGGACUGCACCGCCGCGGUCCUUCACCGCUGCACUUUAGGAUGGUUAUCCGGAGUGUGAUGAGGCCUUUGCUCCGAGGAGUCUCUUCGUUGUCUUAAGGGAGCGUCUGACUAAAGGGAGGUUUGCUAAAUUAGUGCAGCUCUCAAGGACCGCAGGCACCCAUGUGUAGAAUAGUAGUGGUGUGGAGCUAAUUACCCAUGUCAGUGCUUCAGAGACGUAUGCUUGAGCAAACCAAGCUGCCUGCCGAGCUGUGUUUUAUACACACACAUAUAUAUAUAUAUAUAUACUGUACAUAUAUAUAUAUAUACUGUACAUGUAUAUAUAUAUAUCUGCCUGGUCGGCACUGUGAGCCUGUUUUCUUCCAUUUUCUUCCAAAAUGGAUGUAACAGUAUAGUUUAUUGUCAAAUAGAGCAGUUAAAGCCAUCAAGUUGCCAACGUGAUGGGGGGCGGGGGGUGUAGGUGGACUCCAGUGGAAGGUUUUAUGAUCCGUCUGGAAGCCGACAAACCAACAGCAGAGUGUGUGUAAAUGUUCACUGCCAUUCUUUUGUUAUUCAUUAAACAUUUGUAUAUAAAUGA